UAGAGCAGGGAGUGACAAUUUCAUCAGAAGAGGAGUAAGUCACAGGCUGUAAUUGGGACGGUGUUUUUGGAGGCAGAUAACCUCAUCGGAGAUCUGGAAUCUGAGCGGUUCUCAAAACUUCCUUUUUCAUGUGUGAAUGAAGUAGGGAUCAGAAGAAGUGUGUAUUGGUGUAAAGAGUGGUCUUUGGAGAAGCAGCACAAUGCAGCCUGAGAAGAGACAAAAGAAAAGCCUCAAGCAGAGACUGGUUUUGAAGAGCAGCUUGGCUAAAGAAACACUCUCCGAAUUCUUGGGCACGUUUAUAAUGAUUGUCCUUGGAUGUGGCUCUGUUGCCCAAGCUGUCCUCAGUCGAGGGCAUUUUGGAGGAAUCGUCACUAUGAAUGUUGGAUUUGCAAUGUCAGUCGUAAUGGCUAUCUAUGCGACUGGAGGUGUCUCUGGUGGCCACAUCAAUCCAGCUGUGUCUUUUGCAAUGUGUCUUUUUGGACGAAUGAAAUGGUUCAAAUUACCUUUUUAUGUGGGAGCCCAGUUCUUAGGUGCCUUUGUAGGGGCAGCAACCCUCUUCGGCAUUUACUAUGAUGGACUCAUGUCCUUUGCUGGUGGAAAACUGCUCAUCGUGGGGGAGAAUGCAACAGCACAGAUUUUCGCAACAUACCCCUCUCCAUACCUGUCUCUGGAGAACGCAUUUGCAGACCAAGUCGUGGCCACCAUGUUCCUCCUCAUGUUGGUCUUUGCCAUCUUUGACUCCAGAAACUUGGGAGUUCCCAAAGGCCUAGAGCCCAUUGUCAUCGGCCUCCUGAUUAUUGUCAUUUCCUCCUCUUUGGGACUGAACAGUGGCUGUGCCAUGAACCCAGCUCGAGACCUGAGUCCCAGACUUUUCACCGCGUUAGCAGGAUGGGGGUUUGAGGUCUUCACAACUGGAAAAAACUUCUGGUGGAUACCUGUAGUGGGCCCUUUGGUUGGCGCUGCCAUCGGAGGCCUUGUCUAUGUUCUUAUCAUUGAAAUCCACCACCCAGACCCAGACCUCGAGGCAGAACCACCUGAGGACAAACCAGAGAAAUGUGAACUUAGUGUGAUAAUGUAGUAGCAUGCUACUACAUGCUACUGGGUUUAUAAUUGGCUGAGCCGGCGUUCUCUUCAGGAAAGAUGGCAUUCAGGUAUCUGCAUUUUCACAAGACUAGCUGUGUUUGUGGAACACUUAAUUGGAAGAAGCACCUGAGUGAAGUUUUGAAAACACUGACCUCUUCUCUCCCAUUUUCCAGAAUAGCAUGGCCUGUCUCCUGAAUGAAACAGCCUUCUCUCUUGCCCUGUUAAUUUAAUCCUUUGAUGGGAAUUGUUAUUACUGGAUAAGCACUAUUAACUUGGAUCCUUGACCAUGAACUUAUUUGGAUGGUUUCAAAUGCAUUGCCUAUAUGAAAUAGUAUCACCAAAACCCUUAUUUUCAAACCCACUAAGGUUAUGUUCUGAAUAUCAACCAAAACUAAAUUAAAAGACAAAACAGUGGUUUCAGUUAACAUGUCCAUGUUAACACAGUUAACCCAUUAGUGAACUAAUGGGUUAACUGUGUUAAUAUAAUUGUACCAGUAUUGAUAUUCUCCAAACCUAGGGGUGUCGGAUGCAGCAAAAUGCAGCUGGAAAGCUCAGGAGGACAUUGUGGCAUUCAGAAACCUCAGGAAACAAAAUAAAAUUUGGGACACCAAAUGGAAUUUUUUCAAAAGUGGAAAUCAUUUAUUAGAUUAAUCCUUUGGUCUUCGCAUUUUUAGAGGACAUCAGUUAAUUUCCUGGUCUUUAGUAUAUAAUAACUUACAAUACAAUCAUAACCUCAGUUGUGAAAAAUACAUCGCUCUGUAUUUUUAGCUCUAAUGUAUUUUCCUAAUUGCCUACUUGAGGCCAGAUAUUUGACAAGUUAGUGACUACACUCAUUCAUUAUUCUAUACAUGCCCUAUAAGCCAAAACUGAAAGCCAUUGGCUCCUGGUCUAGUAUAACCUUUAGAAUGGGAAGUCCCUGGAAAGAUAAUACACCUAUUGGGCUUUACAAUUCACAAAACACUUUCACAUAAUAUCUAAUUUAAUCCUCAGAGUGACUGUCUGAGGUAUAUACUAUGCUGCUCAUUUUUCAGAUAAGGAAACAAAACCUCAGGGAAUUUAAGUGAGUCGCCUAAGAUCAUGUAGAAAGUUGAACACAUGUAUCCUACACCUUUCAGAAGAUUAAUAUCUGGCUGAGACUCUUGAUCAGCCCUUCCUGGCUGGCCAUAAGAAGUGGGAUUGGCAGCUGUCAUAAUGUGUACACCUUCUGGACAUAAUUCUCUUGGAUCUUAAGAUACAAAGACCUUCACUGUCUGGUUUUAUUACCAUGGUUACUGAAGCAUUAAUAAAGGGAAGAGGUAGCGAUUUGAUCAUUUUUUUCUCCUGAAAACAUUAUCAGAAGGCUUCCUUUUCUAGGUUACCCUUGGUCUAGCUAAGUUUUGCUCUUUCCUCACUGCCAAUCUCAAGCAUUAUAUUCCUCGAAUUGGUGUCACUUUAGUCAAAAGAGUCUCUACGAGUUACAAGCACCAGAGAAAUUGCUACAUCCAGUGAUUCACCUUCGGUCAAACUGUUAGAAAGCCCAGAAUUUCCCAACUGCUUUGUGAUGAUAACAGAACAGCAAAAAGUGAAUGUGAAAUAUCUCUAGUGACCUGUGUUCUGUAAUCUAUUGACUGAUAUGUGGAAUUAUUUUCCUGCUAUAAAACUAC